AUGGUCUCCACCGUACCCUUCGAAGUCGAUCUCCUCGCGAUGUUGAACGUGUAUCCUCUCCUCGGGGCCGCGCUGCUGAACCGCCCGAGGGAGACGCUCGCGCUGUUGGAGGACCGUCUCGUUCGAGACGUUGCCGCUAGCCUCCUCCUCCAUUUGCAAAGCUGCGUCAGGCGCCGGAGCGAAGCGACCGCAGAGCGCGGGGCGCAAGAGCUCGGAGGCCGAGAGGAGCAUCACAGAGAUCCCGAGAGCCGGCGACGAGCGGCGCAAGACUACGCCAAAGGCGAAGAAGAAAAACUUCUUUUGCAGACGGCUCCGCCACUCAAAAUCCGCCUGACGCAUCUGCCCAAAGACCGAUACAUGGAAAGGAGGACCCCUCUGCAGAUUCGAACGCACGACGAGGGGAAACUCGUCGUCAUCACAGGGCGCGUCGCCCGAGCAGAGCAAGGCUACCAGCUCGGGCUUCCUCUCAAAUGCCCCGCAGGAACCCGUAGCGCUCUUCUUCUUCUUCCUUCUUCUUCUUCUUCUUCACUUUCUUCUUCUUCUCUCGUCCCCUCACACAGGCGCGGCUCUCCGGGAGCAGAUGCGAGACCGCUGUGGGUCCCAGGAAGAAUCGAGCAGCGCGCAGAGCAGAAGAGAGCAGAGGUGGAACUGGUUCUCGAGGCGAACAACGUUUUCCAUAUUCGUCCCGACCCGCUCGCAGCAUCGCGACGCAGCGUCGAGAUGCUGUUUCAGGAUCCACGCCUCCUUCAAGUCUUUCAGGCUCACCAACGCAAGCAGCGGCCGCUCUCGGCAAACUUCGAAAACGAAGACAAACCAUCUCGUCAAGAAUCCCUCCCCACAUCUGCCGAGUCUGCCACAUCUUCUAGUUCUUCUUCCUCGCCGUCUUUCUCGGAUGGCGCCGCAGAGCCUGGGUGUCCGCGGAAGGCGCGAAAGAAGCUGCCUGGCCUCGAGGAGGUUUUUCGGGCCUUUUGGGAGUCGACGCGGAGAGAGCCGGACGCCGAGAGGGACGACGAAACGCAUGCAGGGAAGGGACAGAGCGGGUGGGACGAAUGGACCGCGAGAGGACGACUCCUCGACGCAGCCUGCCCGUCGCUCUACGGCCUGGCGCCGGCGAAAUUGGCGCUCCUGCUAACUUUGAUUAGCGGAUGCGAGGCGCGCACGGUUCCCUCUGGAGGCUUCGGCGACGCGCAGGCUCUCGCCGCCGCGUCCUUUUCCCGCGACGAGGAGCGAGCGGCCGAGGUCGCGGAGCGAGGGUCCAGGUGGAAGAAGUUCUUGAGUGGCGCGUCAGGCGAGACGCAACGGGAAGACGACAUCUGGGCGCCGCCGUCGAACCGGGCUGCCUAUCUGCUGUGGGGCAGAGACACCAAGGGCGAGAGCGAGGUGAAGCACGAGAAGAAAGAGAGACUGGCUGAAGGAGACGGGCGCCCAGACAGAGAAAGAGAAGGAGCCAGCGCGACGGCGGGGAGAGAAGAUGACCGCGACGCCCGCCCGUGCGCGACAACUGGUGGCGGUGGAGCCGGAGACGCGGCGAGAGCGCGCGAAGCAGGGAAGAGGAUGCGCGACGAAGACAGGGAAUCUGGCGAAGGUUGCACCACCCGCCAGAAGUGUCACCUUCUUCUGUUGGGGGCAUCGGGGACUGGAAAAUCGACGCUGCUGCUCGCAGGGAGAAGCCUCGCUCAGAAAGCCUUCGGGGCGACUGGCAUUGGAUGUACGGCAGCCGGCCUCACCUGCGCCGCAGUUCGCGACGCCAGCAACGGCGCCUGGCACCUGGACCCUGGAAUUCUCGUCCUCGCCGACGACGGCGUCUGCUGCCUGGACGAUUUGUACCUGAUGAAAAAAGACGCACAGGCGGCGAUUCACGAGGCGAUGGAGCAGCAGUCGAUCUCUGUGGCAAAGGCGGGUCUCGUCACCCGACUAACAGCGCGGUGUUCAAUUAUUGCGGCGAGCAGCACGGAAAAGGGAGCUGUGGGCGGGAAGAGUUUCGCGCCUGUUUCGCGUCUCUUCGGCUCCGAUCCUCGGGCCAGCAGUGCGGGCCGAGAACGCUACGAGGACUUACCCUGUCUCGACGCUAACAUGCCGCCGCCCCUCUUCUCGCGCUUCGAUGCCGUUGUCGUUCUCGGAGACGCACCAGGAGCCCUCGACGCCGUUACCGACUUUUUGGUCGGCCGUGCUGUCGAUCGCCGUCUGCGCUCACAGUGUACACGCCGAACAGUCGCGCCUGUGAAGGAUGGCAUGCAUGCGCCGCCUCCGGGGUCUUCGCGCGCGUCGUCGCCUGGUGCGUCUCCCCUCGGCGCCCUUCUGACGUGGACGACUUCGCUGCUUCGUCUGUAUCUGGCGUUUGUGGAGAAAUCAUACUUUCCUGGUUUGUCGCGCCAGGCUGGGCAAGUCCUUGCACGCUACUACACGCGACUGCGCGCCGUUGGAACGCCGCAGAGGAGCGCGGUUUGCCACGAGGCCAGCGAAGCUCUCGCAGCUUUGGGCGCCUACGCGGAGCCUCCGGGGGCGUCUGGAGGAGGGACGGGCGUCACCAUGCGGUUUUUCGAAGGCCUGUUUCGGCUCACGCAGGCGCACGCGAGGCUCAUGGCGCGACACGAGGCCAAGCGAAGAGACGCAGUCGCCGUCAUCUGGAUGCUCGAGACUGCGCUGUGCGGCAACCGAGUCGUCCCGGGUUUCAAAAAGGGCGGCUCGGACGGCGUCCCGGAGGGCAGGCACGGCCUUUUGCUUCUCUCGCAGCCGGCGACGGCGAAGGUUGUGGAGCUACUCUGCGUCUUGCCGGCGCGCGAGAAAGAAAACCGAGCCGGUUCCACUGCGUCUCCGGAGCACUGGCCUACUGGAGGGGGAGCAUCGAACGGAGGGCGCAGGGAGAGAGAAGAGGCUACGAGCGGACAGCUGGUUUAUCCAUCCCUGCAGACUGUCGCAGGCAAGGCCUUGCACUGCGACAUACGCAGCGAGGCCCAGUAUUUGGCGGUAGAAGAACUGAUUCUCAGAAGUCUCGGCUUGUCGAAAGAGAACUAG